CUCGGGGGAGCUGAGAAGCCGACACCUCGGGGUGCGCAGCGCAGUCCCGGAGCUCGGUGCUGCGCCGCGUGCUGCGCCCGGGACACGCUCGCUCGUUCGGCUAGGCUCCGGACCCGGGACUAGGGGCGCCGGGCGCCCAACUCCGCCUGCUGCACGAACUUCUCUCGGCCGCCCCCACCCCGGGUUAAGUCGGGGAGCCCCCACCCCCACAGGCUCCGGGACCGCGGCGGGCGGCGCCCUCCACUACUUUUCAGCGCGGGAGAAGCAGAGGAAAGCCGGGGAGCUGAGUUUCCUGGAAGCGGCGCCUGGCACAUGGAGUGAGCGCGUCCGGCGGCUCUAGGCACCAUGGGGCGCUGCUCCCUGGCUGCCUACCCGGUCCCUUAGCCCCUCACCCCGGCGCCCCGGGACUCGCGGAUCGCAGCCGGCCUCCGAGUCCUCUUGCCCAGCCGCCAGAGCCGGAGGGUCGGGGGUGGCCCCGGCAUGGAGUUGCACGCGCUGUGUGGAUUCCUCUACUGGCUGCUGCUGCCCUUCUCCCUUCUAGCGGCCUGCCUGUUCCGGAUCAAUGGUCUGUCAUUCAUUUAUCUACUUUUCCUGCUGCUCUUGCCUUGGUUCCGGGGGCCCACCAAACACAGCAUCAAAGGUUGCACAGGUCACCUCCUCCGAGCCCUCCUUUGCAUCAGCACCCUCUUCCUCGUCGCUCAUGUCGCCUUUCAGAUAUGUCUGCACACCGUGCCCGGCCUGGACGAGAGCCUGGGAACCAACUGCAGUUCCUGGGAGAUUCUGUCCUACCAUGUGGGAGUCACCAGGCUGAAUCUGAAUGACAUCCCCAACACCGUUCGCUUGGUGGUCCCAGACCUGGGCAUCCUUGUGGUCUCCUCCAUCUGCUUGGGCGUCUAUAACCGCCUCGUGAAGAAGGCCCGCCGCGCCCGGCGCUCGAUGGUCCCGGAGCCUCUGGAGCAGGACAAUGAUGAGAGGGAGACCAAUGCUAAUCAUCAAGUGUGGCCACAAGGAAUUCCAGAGGCCUCAAAUCGGGCAUCCCGCCUGGCCGUGAAGCUCAGGGUCACCGUCCAUUGGCUGCUGAAAGCGAUGGGAAACACGUUGGCCAUCGUAUUGUUGGCACUGGCAGGUAUCACUCUGCCCUCUGCCUUCUCCAGCAUCUACUACUUGCUGUUCCUGGGCCUCUGUACCUGGUGGGCCUGCCACUUCCCCAUCAGCCACCUGGGCUUCAAUGCCCUCUGUGUGAUGGUUGGCUGCUUUUCCGGUGGCCACCUCCUCUGCCUCUACUGCUAUCAGACGUCCUUUAUACAGACACUGCUUCCACCUGCUAGCAUCUGGGCCAGGGUUUUUGGUCUCAAAGACAUCGUCAGCCUCGUCAACUGCUCCAACCCCAACGCCCUCGUCCUUAACACCAGCCACGACUGGCCUGUCUACGCAAAUCCGGGCGUCCUGCUGCUGCUAUACUAUACUGUGGUCUUGCUGCUCAAACUGAGGAGGAUGGAGCCCUCUGACCAGAAGGAGGAUGCUGAAGGAGAACAAGAAGUGGAGUUGAUGGAGGUGGGCCAGGCGCCCAAAGGGCGGAGCCGAGCCAUGGAGGAAACCAAGAAUAUGCUGCCAGGGAGUCCCACUGAUUCCACAGAGAACUGCACCAUACACGUCUUGAACAGCGAGACGCAUCGUCCGGGAAGUAAUCAAGCUGAGCCCAGGGAGACCUCAUCUCUGCAUGCCCUUGGCCAUGUCAUCAUGAACCAGAGCUAUGUGUGUGCUCUCAUCGCCAUGAUGGUGUGGAGCAUCACCUACCACAGCUGGCUGACCUUUGUCUUGCUGCUAUGGGCCUGCCUCAUCUGGAUUGUACGGAGCCGUCACCAUUUCGCCAUGAUCUGCUCCCCCUUUAUUCUGCUCUACGGGCUGGCCCUCUGCAGUCUGCAGUAUGUCUGGGCCAUGGACUUGGAACCUGAACUCCCCAAGAAGGUUGGCUUCAUGAGCUUGCACCAGCUGGGGCUGGAACACAGUCGCUACCCCUGUCUUCACCUGGGUGCCAUGCUGCUUUGCACUUUGACCUUUUGGCUCCUGCUGCGCCAGUUUGUGAAGGAGAAGCUACUUAAAAAGAAGCAGUCUCCAGCCACCCUCAGAGAGGUCACUGUGAGUGAAUUUGGAGAACACACACGGACCCGGGUGUUACUCAAGAAAUUAGGGGAGUUGGUGACAGACUUUUAUGCCAAGUACUGGAUCUACGUCUGCGCCGGCAUGUUUAUCGUGGUCAGCUUUGCUGGACGCCUCGUAGUCUACAAAAUUGUCUACAUGUUUCUCUUCCUGCUCUGCCUCACCCUAUUCCAGGUCUAUUACAGCCUAUGGCGCAAGCUGCUAAAGGUGUUCUGGUGGCUGGUGGUGGCGUACACCAUGCUGGUGCUGAUUGCUGUCUACACCUUCCAGUUCCAGGAUUUCCCCAUGUACUGGCGCAAUCUGACCGGCUUCACUGAUGAGCAAUUACAAGACCUCGGGCUGGAGCAGUUCAGCGUCUCCAAGCUCUUCUACAGCAUCCUCAUCCCUGGCUUCUUCCUCCUUGCCUGCAUCCUCCAGCUGCACUACUUUCACCGGCCUUUUAUGCGCCUCACCGACCUGGAGCACAUCCCACCGCCGAGCAGCCGCCACCAGCUGUGGGCUCAGAGGCAGGAGGAGGACAGCCGAGCUCUGCUGCAGGAUGAGGAGGGGGCCCCCAGGGAGGAGCCCGGUGGGGUUCACCCCGACCCUGACAAUGCUGACUCGGACUGUGAAGAUUUGCCCAGUAAGUGGGGCCUGGUGGCCGAGCGGCUGAUGGUGCUUGCGGGCCGCUUCUCUGACAUGCUGACCCAGGUGCAGGUGUUCGUCCGGCGCCUGCUGGAACUCCACAUCUUCAAGCUGGUGGCUCUGUACACGGUCUGGGUGGCGCUGAAGGAGGUGUCGGUGAUGAACUUCCUCUUGGUGGUGCUGUGGGUGUUUGCCCUGCCCUACCCCCGCUUCCGCCAUAUGGCCUCCUGCCUCUCCACCAUCUGGACCUGCAUCAUCAUAGUCUGCAAAAUGCUCUACCAGCUGAAGAUUGUCAGUCCCCAUAAGUACUCCAGCAACUGCACUGAGCCACUCCUCAACAGCACCAACCUAGAGAAGUCCGAGAUCAGCAGUUCGGUGCUCUACCAGAAGCCGGUGGACCCUGCCAACUGGUUUGGGAUCCGCAAGGACGUCUCUAACCUUGGUUACAUCCAGAAUCACCUGCUGAUCCUCCUCUUGUUGGUGUUCGAGGCCAUCGUGUACCGCCGCCAGGAAUAUUACAGAAAACAGUACCAGGUGGCGCUGCCCCCUGCCCAGAUUGUCUGCCCUGAGGGUACGCGCCACCACCUGGACCAGGGCCUCCUCAGCUGUAUCAAGUACUUCAUCAACUUCUUCUUCUAUAAAUUUGGCCUGGAGAUCUGCUUCCUGAUGACGGUAAAUGUGAUUGGCCAACGCAUGAACUUCAUGGUGAUCCUCCAUGGUUGUUGGCUGGUUGCGAUCCUCACUCGCCGACGCCGGGAAGCCAUUGCCCGUCUUUGGCCCAAAUACUGCCUCUUCUUGGCUGUCUUCCUACUUUACCAAUAUCUACUAUGUGUGGGCAUCCCCCCUGCCCUCUGCAUUGAUUACCCAUGGCGCUGGAGCAGCACCAUUCCCAUGAACUCUGCACUCAUCAAGUGGCUGUACCUGCCCGAUUUCUUCAUGCGUCCCAACUCUACUAACCUCAUCAGCGACUUCCUUCUGCUGCUGACCGCCUCCCAGCAGUGGCUGGUGUUCGUUGCCGAGCGGACUGAGGAGUGGCAACACACAGCUGGACUCAACACGGACUACCUGGAGCCACUACGUGGGGAGCCAAACCCUGUACCCAACUUUAUCAACUGCAGAUCCUACCUGGACAUGCUGAAAGUGGCGGUGUUCCGCUACCUCUUCUGGCUGGUGCUGGUGGUGGUGUUCAUCACAGGCGCCACGCGUAUCAGCAUCUUUGGCCUGGGCUACCUGCUCGCCUGUUUCUACCUGCUGCUCUUCGGGACCAGCCUACUGCAGAAGAACACCAAGGCCCAGCUGGUGCUGUGGGACUGCCUCAUUCUGUACAACGUCACCGUCAUCAUCUCCAAGAACAUGCUUUCGCUCCUUUCCUGCGUCUUUGUACAGCAAAUGCAGAAUAAUUUCUGUUGGGUCAUCCAGGUCUUCAGCCUGGUGUGCACAGUCAAAGGCUACUAUGAUCCCAAAGACAUGAGCAAGGACCAAGACUGUAUGUUGCCCGUGGAGGAGGCUGGGAUCAUCUGGGACAGCAUUUGCUUCUUCUUCCUCCUUCUACAACGUCGGAUCUUCCUUAGUUACUAUUUCUUGCAUGUCAUGGCUGACCUUCAGGCCACAGCACUACAGGCUUCCAGGGGCUUCGCUCUGUAUAAAGCCUCCAUUCUUAAGAGCAUCGAUUUCCAUCGGCAGGCAGAGGAGAAGUCCUUGGCGCAGCUGAAAAGACAGAUGGAAAGGAUUCGGGCCAAACAGGAGAAGCAUCGCCCUGGGCAGACAUCCAGUGAAUGCCCUGAGGACCCAGAUCAAGAUCCAGAGCCAACUGGCCCGAGCAACUCUUCCCAAUCCAGAAGGCGAUGGUGGCGGCCCUGGUUAGACCAUGCCACAGUGAUCCACUCUGGGGAUUACUACCUGUUUGAGUCUGACAGUGAGGAAGAGGAAGAGGCUCUGCCCGAGGACCCCAGACCUUCAUCACAGAGUGCCUUCCAGCUGGCAUACCAGGCCUGGGUGACCAAUCCCCAGACUGUUCUGAGGAGACGGCAGCAGGAGCAGCAGGAGCAGCAGCAGCAAGAGGCUGGGGAAGGGCCCUCGAGUGGGCCUCUGGCAGAGUCGGAGCUGUCUGAAAGCCCGGAAGAACUGCCAGGCAGGAACAACGUGAUGCAGCGGCUCCUGAACAUCCUGCACUUCCUGUGGGUGCUGGGCCAGGCAGGGGUGGACGGGCUGACCCAGUGGCUCAACACCUUCACCCAGCACCACGCCACCAUAUCCACCGUGCUUCGGGCCGAGCGCUACGUGCUCACUCAGGAACUGCUCAAGGGAGGAGAAGUUCAGCGGGGCGUGCUGGACGGGCUGUACCUGAAGGAGGGGGAAGAGGAGCUUGGGCUGCAGAGCCCCUUCAGCAGAGACUUCCACAGCAGCACAGCUUCAAGUGGGCAUGGGGCCGAGGAGAUAUUCAGCAGCGCGACAGAAUACACGGGGGUCACGAGCCCCCUGACCACGGGCUACAACACCCAGAGCAACAGCGAGGAGCUCAUCGGGGGCCUGGACACACUGGAGGACGGGGACUCCAUUCAGGGCUCCCAAGAGCUCCUGGCCCACCCCAGUAUCCGGACCAGGACAGCAAGUGAACUGCUCCUCAACAGGCGCGUCAGGUUCGAGGAGCUGGAGGCCUCGGAGCGCUUCUACGCGAGCCAGGGCCGGGCGCUGAGGCUGCUGCAGGCCCUCUACCUCUGUGUGGCGGCCCACUCGGAGCUGGUCUGCUACUUCAUCAUCAUCCUCAACAACAUGGUCACAGCCUCCUCCGCCUCCCUGGUGCUGCCCGUGCUGGUCUUCCUCUGGGCCAUGCUGUCCAUUCCCCGGCCCAGCAAGCGCUUCUGGAUGACCGCCAUCAUCUUCACCGAGGUGAUGGUGGUGAUCAAGUACCUGUUCCAGUUCGGCUUCUUCCCCUGGAACAGCUCCUCGGUGCUGCGGCGCUACGAAAACAAGCCCUACUUUGCCCCGAGGAUCCUGGGGCUGGAGAAGACCGACAGCUACAUCAAGUACGACCUGGUGCAGCUGCUGGCCCUCUUCUUCCACCGCUCCCUGCUGCUGUGCUACGGUCUCUGGGACCACGAAGGGGACACGUUCACCAAGGAGCAGGACCCGGCUGAAGACCCAAAAGAGCGGACCCUGGAGGAGGAGGCUGAGCCGGCGGCAGCGCAGGACGAGGCGGGGGCCUGGGGCCCGGACCAGCCCGAGGCUCAGGAGGCGGUCCCGGCCGAAGGCGGCAGCCAGGAGGAGGCCCCCCCUCAGGCCCAGGAGCCCAGGGACACCAAUCGCCUCAGCCUCCGCUUCAGGAGGAGGAAGAAGAGCAAAGCGCCCGUGGGGCCGGCGGCCAUCGAGGAAGAGGAAGAACUGAGGGGGAAAAAGAAGAGGAAAAGCCGUCCCCAGGAGAAGAUGAAGGCCACGGGACUCAAGAUCAAACACUUCUGCAAGACCAUGGUGCAGAACAUCUACCAGCCCAUCCGCUGUUUCUUCUGGGACAUCCUCCACACCCAGUACCGAGCAGCCACUGAUGUCUACGCCCUCAUGUUCCUGGCAGAUGUUGUUGACUUCAUCAUCAUCGUCUUCGGCUUUUGGGCUUUUGGGAAACACUCGGCUGCCACGGACAUCACCUCCUCCCUGUCAGAUGACCAGGUUCCCGAGGCCUUCCUCGUCAUGCUGCUCAUCCAGUUUGCCACGAUGGUCAUCGAUCGGGCCCUGUACCUGCGCAAGACUGUGCUGGGAAAGCUCAUCUUCCAGGUCAUCCUAGUGUUUGGGAUCCACCUCUGGAUGUUCUUCAUCCUGCCCGCCGUCACCGAGAGGAUGUUCAACCAGAAUGCUGUGGCCCAGCUGUGGUACUUUGUGAAGUGCAUCUACUUUGCCCUGUCAGCGUAUCAGAUCCGAUGUGGAUACCCCACCCGCAUCCUGGGCAACUUCCUUACCAAGAAAUACAAUCACCUCAACCUCUUCCUGUUCCAAGGAUUCCGGCUGGUGCCAUUCUUGGUGGAGCUACGGGCUGUGAUGGACUGGGUGUGGACAGACACUACAUUAUCCCUAUCCAACUGGAUGUGCGUGGAGGAUAUCUACGCCAACAUCUUUAUCAUCAAGUGCAGCCGAGAGACGGAGAAGAAAUACCCACAGCCCAAAGGGCAGAAAAAAAAGAAAAUUGUCAAGUACGGCAUGGGGGGGCUCAUCAUCCUCUUCCUCAUCGCCAUCAUCUGGUUCCCGCUGCUCUUCAUGUCGCUGGUGCGCUCUGUGGUCGGCGUGGUCAACCACCCCAUCGAUGUCACCGUCACCCUCAAGCUCGGGGGCUAUGAGCCCCUGUUCACCAUGAGUGCCCAGCAGCAGUCCAUCGUGCCCUUCACACCUGACACCUACGAAAAGCUGACCAGGAAAUUUGACCCCUUCCCGCUGGCCAUGCAGUUCAUCAGCCAGUACAGCUAUGAGGACAUCGUCACGGCCCAAAUCGAGGGCAGCUCGGGGGCCCUGUGGCGCAUCAGCCCCCCGAGCCGGGAGCAGAUGAAAAAGGAGCUCUACAAUGGCACCUCCGACAUCACCCUUCGCUUCACCUGGAACUUCCAGAGAGACCUGGCCAAGGGAGGCACAGUGGAGUACACCAACGACAAGCACACCAUGGACCUCAGCCCCAACAGCACCGAGCGGAGGCAGCUGGCCGGCCUGCUGGAGGGCACCACUACCAAGCCUGUGGUCAUCCCUCACCUCUUCCCCAGAUACAUCCGUGCCCCCAACGGCCCCGAGGCCAACCCGGUGAAGCAGCUGCAGCCAGAGGAGGAAAAGGACUACUUGGGGGUGAACCUGUCCCUGCAGCAAAGUUGGGAGAGAGGCACCUCCCUCGAAUGGUGGGUGAUCACCCUCCAGGACUGUCAGCCUGACUGUAACAUCCUGCCCAUGGUCAUCUUCAGCGACAAGGUCAGCCCCCCCAGCCUGGGCUUCCUGGCCGGCUACGGAAUCAUGGGGCUGUACGUGUCCAUAGUGCUGGUGAUCGGGAAGUUUGUCCGCGGCUUCUUCAGCGAGAUCUCGCACUCCAUCAUGUUUGAGGAGCUGCCCUGCGUGGACCGCAUCCUGAAGCUCUGCCAGGACAUCUUCCUGGUGCGCGAGACCCAGGAGCUGGAGCUGGAAGAAGAGCUGUACGCCAAACUCAUCUUCCUCUACCGCUCCCCGGAGACCAUGAUCAAGUGGACCCGCGAGAAGGACUAGGAGCUCCCAAGGCUCUCCUCCCCAGCCUGGGGAGGCUGCACCAGAAGCAGGCCGGGAGGCUCGGACUUUGGGGGCGGGGCCCAUCUGGACCCCUCCACAGGGGCUGAUGCUGCCCCAUACGGCUGCUCCCGGCGCCUGAGAAGGCCCGGCCAGGCCUGGGCCCCGUGCUGCCCACUGGACCCAAGGCAGGCGGCCUGGCCCCGGAGGGCACGGGCCCUCCUGCAUGGGCGCCAAGCCGCAGAGCCCCAGGCUGUCUGUGUGUGGUUGGGACCCCCAGGGCCCUGUCAGGGUGCUCCGCCCACCCCCGUGUCCCAGCUCCAGCCUGAGGGCUGAGCGUGCAGCUGCCCGAGGUGCCAGUCAGGCCGCCGAGGGAUCUGGGCCUGCCCACAUGUACUGUAGAGUUUUCUAAUUAAAAACGAUUUAUUUAUACAGACGGACGAUUAAACAGCGAGUUGCGGCC